UUGCCAAAGCCAUCGGUUGAAGAACUUGCUUCUGCUGGCAAAAGUGUUCUCAAAGAACUUGAUUUGUUUAGCUGGUGGAAGCCGACUUCUUACUUGAGAUGGGCCAUAGAAACAAUACACAUUGAAUUGGACCUACCCUAUUGGUCUACGAUUGCUUUUACUACGGUACUCAGAUUAGCGCUAAUUUACGUACCUAUAGUAACUCAGCGAAAUAUUGCGAAGCAAAGUAAAUAUGCAAAGGAAAUUCAAGAAUUCCAAACACGAGCAGCCGCAGCUAGAAAGGAAGGGAAUUCGCUUUUGGCACAGCAGAUUCUCUUAGAACAGUUUGACUUUUACAAAAAGAAGGGUAUCCGUUAUGGACAGCAAGCAUUUAUACUGUUAGCUAAUGGAUUUCUAUGGUUUCAAGACUUAACAGUGCCUGAUCCCUAUUACAUUUUACCAAUAGUGUCGGCGGGAACUUUAUUCACCACUUUGAAGCUUGGUGUUGAGACUGGGGCCACUCCCACCCAAUUGGCUCCAACCGCUAGGAUGCUCAUGCAGAUUGGCAUUCCUGUUUUUGUAUUCUUUUUUGUCUCCCGUCACGGAGCGGUAUGUCUAUACUGGUGCAUUUCAAACUUCUUCUCAUUAUUUUAUUAUGGUUUGUUCAGAGUUAAUGCGGUACGGUCUUUUCUGAAUAUACCUCCGAUAGUUGAUAACUCUGCAACUAAAACCUCUAUUGCAGGAACAGUCAAGGACUGGAAGAAUUGGCCGAAGAAAACUAUCACACUAGACGACUUGAGAAAGGAAGACGCUCGGGCUUUUCAGAAGGCUGGGCGGGCAAAGCCAGUUAUUAGGAAGUAG